AUGGAGACCGUCUCCAAGGGAAACCAGCCCACUCGGUACCAAACAUGGGCGACUGCGGCUAGCUGCCCGCUGCAUGGCCUUGCAUGUGCGUGCGGAAACCGAACAGGCCAGCAACCGCCGUCGCCAAAGACGCGUGAACUGGCCCACGGCAGCCUGUGGAUGUGCAGUGCAGUUCCCUACACGGACAACUGCCUAGUCGUGCUAGCGAGUAUUUUCCCAGUUGGCGCAGUAGGCAGGCCCAUUCUGCCGCCGACUACGUAUUCUUUCGUCAUCGGCCAGGGAACGGCACACGUCUGGCACGCCCUCUGCCAGGGAAUCUGCCAUGGCGACGCUGGCCUCCAUGUCAUCCUGCUCACCUGCGGGCCGCCCAUUGGCCAUGGAGCAGCGAGGCGCACCCAUUGGGCGAGCGGGAGAUUUCCAUGCUUCUUUCGGUGCAGCUCGACCGACGUCGCACGCCCAUUCCUUACUUACUUACUACCUACCCACGCUCCCACGCUCUGCCCACAGGCGCCGUGGAUGCGGCGACUGGCCACUGCAUGGCUCGUUCACGCUCGGAUCGCCUUGUCGGGCCCAUCCAUGUCCUCCCCCCCUCCAAGCGGGCGCGCAUUGCACCGGCCUGGCCUCGCCCCAACACACUACCCUCCUAGUGGCGUGCCUGCGAUCGAGGCUGCUGCAACGAGAUCUCGAUGGCGACACCCUCCAAACGUCAUACUCAAUAAGGCUGAGGCCACGGCCGCCGGCUUGCCAUGA